GAAAGCAGCUUACAAAUAUACAUUGUUCACGUGAAAAAGCCCAAGGAAAGAAAAACUAGCAUGGAAAAUUCGGAUGAUAUAGAGAGCUGGUAUGCUUCAUUUUUACCAGAUGAUGAUUUAAACAAUAGCGAAAGAGAGGAGGAAGAAGAGCAAGAGCCACGCAUGGUUUAUUCGUACAGAAAUGUGGUGAGUGGUUUUGCAGCAAGAUUGACAGCUGAGGAAGUGAAAGCCAUGGAGACGAAGGAUGGAUUCAUUUCUGCCCGGCCGGAAAGGAUUCUGCAGCUGCAAACAACUUACACUCCUGAGUUCAUGGGGUUGAAAAAGACGGAUCGGCAGGUCGGAUUCUGGGAAAACUCCAAUUUUGGAAAGGGAAUGAUUAUCGGAAUUUUGGACAGCGGGAUAUUGCCGACUCAUCCUUCGUUUAGCGACCAAGGAAUGCUUCCCCCACCGGUGAGAUGGAAAGGCACGUGUGAUUUCAACGGGACAAAUUGUAACAACAAAAUAAUUGGCGCCAAAGUUUUCCAUGCGGGAAAAAAGGUAACGGCACCUGGACCAUUUGACGAUGAAGGGCACGGGACCCACGUGGCCAGCAUUGCAGCCGGGAAUUUUGUCAACGACGCCAAUUCAUUUGGGAAUGCUAGGGGUACGGCGGCCGGAAUCGCACCUCACGCGCACUUGGCAAUCUACAAAGUAUGCUUCAAUAAUGAGUGUGCCGAGAGUGACCUUAUGGCGGGGUUUGAGUCUGCAAUUGAGGAAGGUGUGGAUGUGAUUUCCAUUUCUGCCGGCGGCGGCUCUCAUACUUACUACCAGGACUAUCUUGCAUUGGGUGCAUUCCAGGCAAUCCAAUACGGAAUUCUUGUGAGCUGUGCCGGAGGGAAUAAUGGCCCCGGUCGUAGUACGGUACAGAACGAGGCCCCAUGGAUUCUCACAGUUGGAGCAAGCACCGUGGACAGAAGCAUAAGGGCUACAGUAAAGCUUGGAAGCGGUGAUGAAUAUGAUGGCGAAUCCCUAUUCCAACCUCAAGAUUUCAAUUCAAACAAAUUGUUGCGUCUUGUUUUUCCACGCGGAGAUGGAUGUAGCCAGAAUACAUUGAAAGACAUGGAUGUGGAAGGAAAGGUAGUGUUCUGUACGCCUGCAGUUGAGAACGAUGCCAAUGCAGUUUUAGAUGCUGGUGGAGCUGCCGCCAUUAUCAUGAAUUCAGAGGUUGAUGGCUACACUCUAGAUCUUAAGCCAACACAUCCCGCACUUCCCACUACAUUGAUCAGCUACGUUGCGGGGUUGAAAAUCAAAGAAUACAUGAAUUCACAAGCAUAUCCAAAAGCAACAAUCUUAUUCAAAGGAACUGUAAUCGGAGAUCCAUCUGCUCCUACAGUUGGCGCCUUUUCUGGCAGAGGCCCAACCAUACAAAGCCCCGGAGUUAUGAAGCCAGACAUUAUCGGACCCGGCGUUAACAUUCUAGGUGCAUGGCCAGUUCGUAUAGAGAGCAACUCGAAUUCGCUAUCAACAUUUAACGUCAUCUCUGGCACCUCAAUGGCAUGCCCCCACCUUAGCGGCAUUGCGGCUUUGCUCAAGAGUUCACAUCCUGACUGGUCGCCCGCUGCCAUCAAGUCAGCAAUCAUGACCACCGCUGACACGCUAAACCUCGGAGAAAAUCCCAUUGUGGAUGAACUUCAUUUGUUUGCUGACGUGUUCACCGCCGGUGCCGGCCAUGUUAACCCGUCAAGAGCAAACGAUCCGGGGCUUGUUUAUGACAUCCGACCCAAUGAUUACAUUCCUUUUUUAUGUGGGUUGAAUUAUCCUGAUCAAAUGAUUAGGAUCAUUCUGCAUUGGCAACGAGAGGAGGAUAUUCGGUGUACAAAUGUGAACAGUAUACCGGCAGCACAGCUGAAUUAUCCUUCGUUUACAGUUACACUGGGGCUUAAUCAUGAUAAUCAGACAUAUACACGGACAGUGACAAAUGUUGGGCCGGCAAACUCAUCGUACACUUUGGAUGUUUUGUCUCCGAAUGGGAUAGGUGGUUUGGAGAUUUCACCGAAAGAGAUCUCAUUCACUGAGGUGAAGCAGAAGGCAAGUUACACGGUGACAUUUAUCCCAUCAAACCACACUGUCAGGCCGAUGGGUUAUGCUCAGGGAUAUCUCCAAUGGGUUUCCGGCCGCUACAACGUUAGAAGUCUAAUAGCUGUCACUUACGUAUGA